GGAGGUAUGGUUGAUAACUCGCAGUCCAUCGCGCUGAGCAGAAGAGGAGCAGCACAACUAAAUGUGACUUAUCUGAGCAUCAUCAUCACAUCUGCGCCUCCGGGAGACAAAGAAGAGACGAACUCUGAAGGAGCGAACAACGCGACCAGAGCCUCCCGGAGUGAUAUGAUAUCGUUAUUAUUAUAUCUCUCGACGUGACGACUGUUUGUCUGCCUCUAAUGUUUCCAACCCACUGAGACCAGGGGGGAUUUAUUCCUUCUUUUGUUCUUAGCUUUUUUUUUUUUAUCAUUGACUAUUAAUAAAAGCAGCCAAAACGAAUAAAUACGGGUCAUUAUGGUUUUGUUAACACUGCAUAAUAGAAGAGGGUUGAAUUGCUUGUGCGCGCAGUUCUUGCUGUGGAUUUUAUGUGCUGUGGACGCUGAGGAGCAGCAAUUCAGUGUGGAGGCUUGGCUGCAGAGGUAUGGCUACCUCCCUCCCACAGACCCCAGAAUGUCCGUCCUGCGGUCAGAACAGACCAUGCAGUCUGCUAUCGCUGCCAUGCAGCGCCUCUACGGCCUUAACGUCACCGGUGAACUGGAUAAGAACACCAUUGACUGGAUGAAGAAGCCACGAUGUGGGGUGCCAGACCAGUUCGGCGGUGCCUCGAAAUUCAGCGUCAGAAAAAGACGUUACGCCCUAACAGGGCAGAAAUGGCAACAUAAACAUAUCACAUACAGUAUAAAAAAUGUCACGCCUAAGGUAGGAGCGGAGGAGACCCACAAUGCCAUUCGCCGGGCGUUCGAUGUGUGGCAGAAUGUCACGCCGCUGCGUUUCGAGGCAGUGCCCUACAGCGACCUGGAGCGCAACAAGAAAGAUGUGGAUAUUACUAUCAUUUUCGCCUCAGGUUUCCACGGCGACAGCUCCCCCUUCGAUGGAGAAGGGGGCUUUCUUGCACAUGCCUACUUUCCCGGUCCGGGGAUCGGAGGAGACACACACUUCGAUUCGGAUGAGCCCUGGACUCUGGGGAACCCUAACCAUGACGGUAAUGAUCUUUUCCUGGUGGCCGUGCAUGAGUUGGGACACGCAUUAGGUCUGGAACAUUCCAACGACCCCAGCGCCAUCAUGGCCCCUUUUUACCAAUACAUGGACACGCACAACUUCAAACUGCCUCUAGACGACCUUCAGGGGAUCCAGAAAAUCUACGGUAUUCCCACAGCCAUGCUGGAGCCCACCCGACCUCUUCCUACUCUCCCUGCGCGACGCACACACCCCACCUCUGAGAGGAAACACGACCGGCAUCGCCCGGCUCGCCCACCCUCUGGAGAUCGGCCUUCCUCUCCCGGACAUGGAAAACCCAACAUCUGCGACGGCAACUUUAACACUGUGGCCUUCUUUCGACGGGAGAUGUUUGUUUUUAAGGAUCGUUGGUUCUGGCGUUUGCGAAACAACAAAGUUCAGGAAGGCUAUCCAAUGUUAAUAGAGCAGUUCUGGAAGGGUCUACCUCCUCGCAUUGACGCUGCUUACGAGAGAUCAGAUGGCAAAUUUGUGUUCUUCAAAGGGGACAAAUACUGGGUCUUCAAGGAGGUUACAGCAGAGCCCGGGUAUCCUCACAGCCUGGUAGAGCUGGGAAACUGUCUGCCUCGCGAUGGCAUCGACACAGCCUUACGUUGGGAACCUGUGGGAAAAACCUACUUCUUUAAGGGCGACCAGUACUGGCGUUACAACGAGGAGAAGCGCACGGCUGACCCAGGCUAUCCCAAACCCAUCAGCGUCUGGAAAGGCAUCCCUGAUGCACCGCAAGGAGCCUUCAUCAGUCGAGAAGGAUUUUAUACCUACUUUUACAAGGGAAAGGAUUACUGGAGGUUUGAUAACCAGAAGUUAACGGUGGAGCCAGGCUACCCAAAAUCAAUCCUCAAAGACUGGAUGGGCUGCGAUCAAUCGGAGGUAGAAAAGAACAAAGACCGCCACCUCCCUCACGAUGACGUCGACAUCAUGGUCGCCAUUAAUGACGUGCCCAGCACUGUAAACGCAAUCGCUGUGGUCAUCCCGUGCAUCCUCUCACUGUGCAUUCUCGUCCUUGUAUAUACUAUCUUCCAGUUCAAGAACAAAAACGUCCAACAGCACGUGACCUACUACAAACACCCUGUGCAGGAGUGGGUAUGACGGACCGGGGGGUGCGACGGACCCCAAACGCUUGAGAACAUAAGUGAGGGCUACUAUGCUGAGGUUUGACCAGUGCCUGUUUUCAGAACAACCCUGUCCCAGAACGGGAACACAAGAUGAGGAAAGGGAGCAUCUUCUUCCUUCCCACUUGAGACAGAACUUUACAACAAAUAUUGCAAUUUUUUUAGCAUGAGCGCAACGGACAAAACUUCUGGGGAUUGAACGUUUGAAGUCGUGCCCUGGCCUUAUGCUAACCAGGUGAAGUCUUAACGGUCGAGGAACCUGCACUCCAGUUCAUGUUCUCUUCUCCCGGAGAGUUAGAGGAACCACAGAUUUGCAAAACGCCAGCAAAUCCUUGUCUCGUUGUCAACAUAAACUUGUACAUGAACUUCAACUAUUAUCAAAGAAACGAAACAAGCAAAACGACAAACAAUGACUUGAAAACCACGUAGGUAGAAAGGCCAUAGAAAAGAAUACCAAGGAAUUCUUGCAGUCUUUUGUCAUUUACGGGGUAAAAGGUUCAUCGCUGGCACUCCUUGAAGACUUCAACAUGUUUUUUAUUGGUGGUUAGGAGGCAGUUUCAAACUAAUUAGCUUAACAUCAAUCUGAAUGUUUGUUUGCGUUUUUUUUCCUUUCCUCACCUGCCUACCCAUUUCCACAGAGUAGAAAAAAUGAUUUAUAAUAACUAGGGCAGUCUUAACACCUCCUCCCACUCGCUACUGUACUCUAUUCCUUUUCUUCUUUUGAUGUUUUUAUCAGUCGGCAACAAAAGAGGAUCUCUUUUUGAUGGCAUUAGUUCUUUAUAGGAGAGUCAUUUUGUGUCACAAUAGCCUGAUUUCUCGCAAUCUCUCUAUUAUAUUUUGCUUUUAUUAGGCCAUGUUUCCAACCAUCUUGCACGGUCUCCUGCUGCGACCUUACCUUUUCACCAAGUGUAAUAUUUGAAACACUGGUGCCAGGCAGGAACACGAACAAUGAACACAUCUGAAUACGAAAUAGCUUUGUUACCCUUGCCUACUGUAGAUGAUCUCUCGACGGUUCAUCCAUCCUCUUCGAACAAACGUAAUAUGCUGUAUGUCUUACGUUGAAGUGACUUCAAUUUCAUGUGUUCGUGUGGAUUGUCUAACACUUAGCUCAAAAAUGUCUGUCGGGUGCUUUUAUUGGUUCGACUGUGCUAUUUAACGGUGAAGUGCGUCUGACUGUACCAUAUUAACACAUCUCUUUGUGCUCAUCUGCUGUGGGAAUGGAUCUGAUACAUUGCACAUUGGAAGGAGCUGAGAUGUAAUUGAUGUUUUCAGAAUCUCGAAUGGAACUUUUUGGAUUAAUCUUCAGAUGUAUAUGUAUAUUAGAAAAGGUUCGUAGCAUCUUAAUCACAAUAUUAAGAUGGUAGAUUUGGCGAGACUCCCUAUAAGGCUUCACUUAAGACACAGUUUAUCAUUUAAUAUUGGGGUUUCACUGAUACUUUUGCCUUAACACAUUUAGGUUGCAUGUUAUAAAUCCAUUUUGCUUUUCUCUGUGGAACGAGCAUUUUUAGCUACAAAAAAAGCAAUUUUUUGUUUAUUCCGCAGAGAUUCGUGUACAUAUUGUAUUCACAGUUCAAAGGAGCAUGAAUCUGCAACAGAAACUACCUGGCAUAUACUUUUAUGUUUCUAAUGUGUUUCCGCCAAUGGUUUGAGCAUCUAUUCAAGCUUCACCAUAUUUCUACACUUAGCUGGCUUCAUUGGCAUGCUGUUUGUGACGUGAGUGUCACUUCUGUAGUUGCCAUAUGUACAUCUGCCCAAACAAUGGACCACUUGGAGAUCAUCAUUUUGUUAAUACAUUCAACUAACAUGAAUGUUUUCUGAAUAGUCUUUUAAA